GACAGGGGCCCGCGCGAGCCACCUGCGUCCGUGGUCCCCACGGGCGCCGUCCUGGUUCGCCCUUUCUCCGUGGGAACCAGGGAACCAGUGCCACCGCUGCACCCUCCCCGUGGCUUGGCAGGUGGCAUCUCCCCAGGUUGUGCUCAGGCCAGUUUGUCCCCAGUAACUGGAUAAAAGAAGACCGGAAGCAUGUCGGAGUUUUGGUUAAUUUCUGCCCCUGGCGAUAAGGAAAAUUUGCAAGCCCUGGAGAGGAUGAACAUGGUAACCUCCAAGUCCAACCUGUCUCAUAACACCAAGUUCGCCAUUCCUGACUUCAAGGUGGGGACCUUGGACUCCCUCGUUGGCCUCUCGGAUGAGUUGGGGAAACUCGAUACCUUUGCUGAAAGCCUCAUAAAGAGAAUGGCCCAGAGCGUGGUGGAGGUCAUGGAGGACGCCAAGGGGAAGGUCCGGGAGAACCUCCUGGCCAACGGAGUUGACUUGACGUCCUUCGUGACCCACUUUGAGUGGGACAUGGCCAAGUACCCCGCGAAGCAGCCGCUGGCGAGCGUGGUGGACACUCUGGCAAAGCAACUGGCCCAGAUCGAGACCGACCUGAAGUCCCGCACGGCCGCCUACAACGCCCUGAAGGUGACCCUGGAGAACCUGGAGAAGAAGUCCCAGGGAAACCUCUUCACCCGGACCCUGAGUGACAUUGUGAGCAAAGAAGACUUCGUGCUGGAUUCCGAGUAUCUGGUCACGCUCCUGGUCAUCGUCCCCAAACAAGACUACGCGCAGUGGCAGAAAACCUACGAGUCCCUCUCGGACAUGGUGGUCCCUCGGUCAACCAAGCUGAUCGCCGAGGACAAGGAUGGCGGUCUCUUCACGGUGACCCUGUUUCGGAAGGUGAUCGACGACUUCAAGAGCAAAGCCAGAGCCAACAAGUUCAUGGUCCGAGAGUUCUUCUAUGACGAGAAGGAGAUUAAGAGGGAAAGGGAGGAGAUGACCAGGUUGCUGUCGGAUAAGAAGCAACAGUAUCAAACUUCCUGUGUUGCUCUUAAAAAGGGAUCCUCCUCCACCUUCCCGGACCACAAGGUUAAGGUAACCCCACUAGGUCACCCCGAUAGGCCUGCCGUGGGGCACACCGACAGAGAGAGUGAGGGUGAGGGCGAGGGACCCCUGCUGCGCUGGCUCAAGGUGAACUUCAGCGAAGCCUUUAUCGCCUGGGUCCACAUCAAGGCGCUGCGGGUGUUCGUGGAGUCCGUGCUCAGGUACGGCCUCCCCGUGAACUUCCAGGCUGUGCUACUGCAGCCUCAUAAGAAGUCGUCCACCAAGCGGCUGAGAGAGGUUCUGAACUCCGUCUUCCGACACCUGGACGAAGUGGCAGCUGCCAGCCUGUUGGAUGCGUCCGUGGAGAUCCCCGGGCUGCAGCUCAGCAACCAGGACUACUUCCCCUACGUCUACUUCCACAUCGACCUCAGCCUCCUGGACUAGCCCCGGGCGGGCGGGCGGGCCCACGGCGUCCACGUCCCCGCAGUGUCCCUGCUGUGUCCCCGCCCCCGCGGGCCAGACGGCGGCAGACGGCCUCUCCCUCAGCCGGGGCAGCUCGGGUGUCCUCCGGAACUUAGGUUUUUAGAGAAAGUGCUCACAGAAGUCCGUUCCAAUUGUAUUUAUUUUUUGUAAGUUACAAUAAAGAAAAGCUCAGUCCUUUCAACCA